AUGCCUGAAGAUCCUGCUCUUAGCAUAAUUUCUUGCCUUCCAGCUGACAGCAUUCUCAUAUGCUCCGCAUUUGAAGAAUACAAACAUGCUCUAGAAGGGUCUAUAAAGAAAUCUUCUAAUGAAGGCUGGGUUCCACUAGGGAAAUUUGGGAAGCAAUGCAAAGCCCUAUUUCAUUACAGAGUUGAUUUAGCAAGCAAUCCAUUCAUCUCCCAUCUGUGUGGUCUGUAUGAAGAAGUGAUGAAAGAUACAGUAAUACUGUCAAUGGUGGAGAAUGAUAUUCAUCUUCUGCUCUGGAGAAUACUACUGGGGAAGGUUUUGGUGAUAAGGCCAGUGGACCAUGCACUGUCCAAGAAUGUUGGGUUCCCAAGAUACAUCAAAGAUUCACACAAGAUGCAGGAUGUCAAAGAGAUUAUGCAAGCUCCAGAGGAGGGGUUGCACCUUGGUCUAAACCAGGUUCUGAUAAUGAAUGGGGACUUGGUAAUUAGAUUUCCAAAGGCUGGAGGAGGUGUUUAUAUGAUGAAGGCAAUAUACAAGAAAUAA